GGCGGCGGGGCGGGCUGGGCGCGCUGCGGUUGCUGAGCCCCAUCCGUUUCAAUGGUGCAGCUUUCCCAAGCCCAGGCUCGCUGCCUGUCGCCUUCAGUUCUCUCCGAGGAAGGGGAGGACAAGAGCAUGAAGCCUGCCAAGCAGCAGGUGAAUCAGCCUGGGGAGAGUCAGCCUCCGCUGAGCCCCCUGCAGUCGACUCUGAACUCUGCGGCUAAUACUGCCCAGGCGUAUGAGACUUACAUUGAAAAUGGGAUCAUUUGCCUCAAACACAAGAUCAGGAACAUUGAGAAAAAGAAGCUUAAGCUAGAAGACUACAAGGAUCGCUUGAAGAAGGGUGAAGCCCUCAAUCAGGACCAGUUGGAGGCAGUGGAGAAGUAUGAUGAGGUAGUGCACAACCUGGAGUUUGCCAAAGAGCUUCAGAAGACUUUUUCUGGACUUAGCCAGGAUCUGCUGAAAGCACAGAGGAAGGCUCAGAGACGGGAGAACCUAAUAAAACUUGAAGCAGAGAAGAAGAAGCUGCGCACAAUUCUGCAGGUCCAGUAUGUGCUGCAGAACUUUACUCAAGAGCAUGUUCAGAAAGACUUCAAAGGUGGCUUGAAUGGUGCAAUAUAUUUGCCUUCUAAAGAACUAGACUACCUCAUUAGAUUUGCAAAACUGACGUGCCCAGAAAGAAAUGAGAGCCUGAGUGUUGAAGACCAGAUGGAGCAGUCAUCACUCUACUUUUGGGACCUUCUAGAAGGCAGUGAAAAGCCUGUGGUUGGAACAACAUAUGGACAUUUGAAGGAACUGUUAUCCAAACUCUUAGAUUCUGGAUAUUUUGAAAAUGUUCCUGCUCCUCACAAUGCAAUGCCAUUAAAAGAACUGGAAGAGGAAGGACUGAGAAAACCUGAGAGAACAAGACAGCUGUCCAAAAGAGAGUCUGCUAAAGACCCAGAAUGUCUAAUGGAACUUAUGAAGUCUGAGAUUCAGCCACAAGAGUUUCUCAACAGGCGCUAUUUGCCUGAAGCAGAAUGCUCUAUCAAGAAGAAGCCAGAAGAAUCCAAACCCCGGGAAGCAGAGUAUGCUAGAAAGAAAGAACCUCCAAAAUCCUGGGAAAUGCUGCUUGACAUAGAGGAGCAGGAACAGAAUCGGGAAUCUUUAAAACCUUGGGAAUCUCGUGUUGUGGAGGAAGAGAAACCUUCAAAGUCCUGGGAAACCUGUGUUAGGGAAGAAGAAGAAAAACAGAAGCAGCAGGAGACUCCAAAGCCUUGGGUAACGCAUGCUAGGGCGGAGCAGGAUUCAUCUAAACCAUGGGUAGCAAGAGUUAGGGAACAGCAGGAACAGAAGAAACAGGAACCUCCCAAACCUUGGGUAGCAAAGGCUAGGGAAGAACAGGAACAGAAGAAACAAGAACCCCCUAAGGCUUGGGUAACAAAAAUUAAAGAAGGGCCAGAGCAAAAGCAGGAAUUGCCAAAACCUUGGGGAUCCCAAACCAGGGAGGAGCCAGAGCAGAAGCAAGAACCCUCAAAGCCUUGGGCUUCUCCACGUGCCAAGGAGGAGCCAGAGCAGAAAAAGCAGGAGCCGCCAAAGCCUUGGGCUUCUUCAUGUGCUAAGGAGGAGUCAGAGCAGAAAAAGCAGGAGCUGCCAAAGCCCUGGGCUGCUCCACGUGCCAGGGAGGAGUCGGAUCAGAAAAAGCAGGAGCUCCCAAAGCCUUGGGUUCCUCCACAUGCCAGAGAGGUGCUAGAGCAGAAGCAGGAGUCAUCAAAGCCCUGGGCUCCUCCACGUGCCAAAGAGGUGCCAGAGCAGAAGAAGCAGGAGCUGCCAAAGUCAUGGGCUCCUCCACAUAAUAGGGAGGAGUCGGGGCAGAAGCAAGAGCCUCCAAAGGCUUGGGAAACUGCUGACCGACAGCAACAAGAAUCACAGCAGUUACAGAAUCCUCCAAAGUCCUUGGGAGCUGCGAGUGUUGUGCCAAAGAAGUUUGAUGUGGAACCCAAAGAAAGACGGGAACGCAGACAGAAAGCUGAACUUGAAGUAAAACGAGAUGGAAAAGCAGAUGAAUUAAGUGAUGGACAAGGCUUUGAUGCAGUAAGAAAAAAGGAGGUCUCUGUCGGAGAAAGUUGUAAACUGCCUAGGAGUCUCCAAAGCAGUGUGCAGGUGCCUAAACCUGUACAUCAGCCAGCUGCAGAAUUUUGCUCUACGUCUACUCUUCCAAAGGAUCCAGUACUAAGGAGGGAAAAACUGCAGGAUCUGAUGACUCAGAUACAAGGAACAUACAACUUCAUGCAAGAGUCUAUUCUGGAUUUUGAUAAAGCUUCACCAAGUGCCAUUGUUUCAUCACAGCCACCUUCAGUUUCUCCAGCAGGUAGUCCUGUAGCUUCUAAAGAACAAAAACUGCUGAGUCAAAAUGACUUUCUUCAACAGCCGCUUCAGACUGCUGCUUCUCCCAUAACUCUUCAUGGUUCAAAUACUUCCUUAGCAUCAGCUGAUCAGACUCUGUCUGGCUCUGAAACAGAAGAUCUAGUGAUGCCGCAGACAACCCAGACAUCGGUACCCCUUUCUCAAGAGACUGAGAAAUAUACUUCAUCUCAGCCACUGUAUCAGACAAAUUCACGCAUCUCUGAGCCACUGAUUCCCCAAAAAAUUGAAGUUACGCAGGCAACUAUUCCUCUGUCAAGUGAGUCGCAGUCACCAUUGCCUACAUCAAGCACCUCCAUAUCACCAGUACCACAGGGGCAAACCUUUCAGUCUCCUCCUGCAAGCAGCAGUUCUGUUACAAUAACUGCAGCUCCAUUUCAAGCUAUGCAGACUGUAUUUAAAGUGAAUGCACCUCUGCCUCCACGUAAAGAGCAGGAAAUAAAAGAAGACUCUUCCUACUCUGCAGGUUAUAACCAGAGUUUUUCUACAGCAAGUACACAAACUCCUCCUCAAUGCCAGUUACAGUCUACUCACACUGCAGAGCAAAAUUCAGUUUCACAAGAAUCUUUGCCAACAGUUAAUUAUCAGCCUGAUGGAGUUGUUCCGGUCAGCAAUGGUAGUCUUGCCUUUUACCCAGCACAGACUAAUGUUAUCCCCAGACCUGCUCAGCCUUAUCUCAAUAGUCGUGGGUCUGUUAGAGGAUCUACCAGAGGUGGGAGAUCACUAGCCAAUUCAUACCGCUCCCCUGGUGGAUACAAAGGUUUUGAUGCUUACAGAGGAUCACCUUCCAUAGUUAAUGGUAACUAUGGCCAGCUGCAGUUCCCCAGUAGAGAUUAUUCUGGAAUACCAUAUUCUCAGAAGGAUAUCAAUUACCAGCAAUGCUAUAAACGAGGAGGGAUAAUUAGUGGUCCUCGGGCAAACUCAAGAGCAGGAUGGAGUGAUUCUUCUCAGGUGAGCAGUCCAGAGCGAGACAAUGAAACCUUUAACAGUGGGGACUCUGGGCAGGGAGACUCCCGCAGCAUCACCCCUGUCGAUGUGCCAGUGACAAGCCAAGCUGCCACAAUACUACCAGUGCAUGUCUAUCCCCUCCCCCAGCAGAUGAGAGUUGCCUUUUCUGCUGCUAGAACAUCUAAUUUGGCCCCUGGAACUCUAGACCAGCCAAUUGCGUUUGACCUUCUGCUGAACAACCUUGGAGAAACAUUUGACAUUCAGCUUGGUAGGUUCAAUUGUCCAGUGAAUGGUACCUAUGUAUUCAUCUUCCACAUGCUGAAGUUGGCAGUGAAUGUUCCACUGUAUGUGAACCUUAUGAAGAACGAAGAGGUCCUAGUAUCAGCAUAUGCAAAUGAUGGGGCUCCAGACCAUGAAACUGCUAGUAACCAUGCAGUCCUACAGCUCUUCCAGGGGGAUCAGAUCUGGUUACGUCUGCAUCGGGGAGCCAUUUAUGGAAGCAGCUGGAAAUAUUCUACCUUCUCGGGAUACCUCCUUUAUCAGGACUAAAAUCCAGUGUUACGUUUACAAAAAAACAAAAAACGAAAAGCUGCUCCAAACACCUUGGUGAAUGGGAAGGGGGCGGGGGGUGGAAACUAGCUUUGCACUUAAUACUGACUUCAUAGAAGAUACAUGGUUCCAUUAUUGGGAAGUGGCGGUCUUACUUUGCAAGGUGAAAUCAUGGAGUUGGGUUACUGAAUCAGCACUAAUUUGGCACUUUAUCAAUUGUGAUGUAGCCUUGCUAGUAAAGCUGUGAAUGUAUAUUGUUUGCACUUACCCUAAACUGUAUUAAUGUCCAGCUUACUACACUACUGAUAUGAUUGCCUCAAGUAUGGGCUAUUCGCAAUGCCUUGUUGUGCCUCAAUAAAACAAGUUAAUAUGCAUUUUA